UUCUUCCAAAUUUAAAAAUUUCCAUCGCACACUUACUUUGCUUGUUAAGAUGCUUUCGGGACGUCUUUUUCCCGAUACCCAUAUCCUACCCAGCACUAUCAAGGCCUGCGCUGGAUUAUCAACCCUUAAAGUGGGUCAUCAACUUCAUGGCUUUGGUUUAACUACUGGGCUUGCAUCAGAUUCUCUUGUUGAAUCAUCUUUGGUUCAUAUGUACAUUAAGUGUAGUGCACUGAACUAUGCACAUAACGUGUUCAAUAGAAUGGCUGAUCCAGAUGUGAUAUGCGGGAGUGCAUUAGCGUCUGGGUAUGCGAAGAAAGGAGAUGUCAGUAAUGCCACUAUGGUGUUUGACGAGAUGGGAAAAUUGGGAAUUGAGCCAAAUUUGGUAUCCUGGAAUGGUAUGAUUGCUGGGUUUAAUCAGAGUGGGCAUUUCCUGGAGGCCGUAUUGAUGUUUCAGAGGAUGCAUUCAGACGGUAUUAGGUGUGAUGGAGUUAGUGUUUCUAGUGUUCUUGCUGCAGUUGGUGACUUGGAGGAUUUCAUCAUCGGAGUUCAGGUUCAUGGUUAUGCAAUCAGACUUGGACUUAGAUCAGAUAAGUAUGUUGUCAGUUCACUUGUAGAUAUGUAUGGGAAAUGUGGAUGUGCUCUGGAGACGUUGAGAGUUUUUGAAGAAAUGGAUAAAAAGGAUGUGGGUGCUUGCAAUGCGUUGAUUUCUAGCCUUUCUCGAAAUAAUAUGGUAGACGACGCAUUAAAGACUUUCAGAAAAUAUAAGGGCCAAGGGAUGGAAUUGAAUGUGGUUUCCUGGACCUCCAUGAUUGCUUGUUGCUCUCAGCAUGGCAAACAUCUUGUGGCUUUAGAACUUUUCAGAGAAAUGCAGAUUGCCGGUGUGAAACCAAAUUCUGUAACAAUCCCUUGCUUGCUUCCAGCUUGUGCCAGUAUUGCUGCAUUAGCACAUGGGAAAGCAGCACAUUGUUUCUCACUUAAGAGGGGUUUUACUGAUGAUGUUUAUGUGUGCAGUGCUCUCAUUGACAUGUAUUCUAGUUGUGGUAGGAUCCAAGCAGCUAGACGGUGUUUUGACAGGAUGCCUAGGCGUAAUUUGGUUUGUUGGAAUGCAAUGCUUGGUGGUUAUGCAAUGCAUGGGAUGAUAAAGGAAGCUAUCAAUAUCUUUCAGUUGAUGCAGAGUAGUCGACAACUACCAGAUCUUGUGAGUUUUACGAGUCUUCUCUCUGUAUGUAGCCAAUGUGGUCUUGUGGAAGUAGGGCAGAGUUACUUUAAUAGCAUGUCUAAAGAUUAUGGAAUUGAAGCUAGGAUGGAACAUUAUGCUUGCAUGGUGAGCCUUCUUGGGCGUGCGGGAAAGCUUGAAGAAGCUUAUUCUUUGAUGAAUGAGAUGCCAUUUGAGCCAGAUGCAUGUGUUUGGGGUGCUUUAUUAAGUUCCUGUCGGGUUCACCAUAACAUGCAACUGGGAGAAGUUGCUGCAAAUAGACUGUUUGCUCUGGAACCAAAGAACCCUGGGAAUUAUAUUCUCCUAUCAAAUAUUUAUGCUGCCAGAGGAAAAUGGACUGAAAUGGAUAAAGUCAGGGAUAUGAUGAAGCGUGCAGGAUUGAAGAAAAAUCCAGGAUGUAGCUGGAUUGAGGUCAAAAACAGGGUGCAUAUGCUUUUAGCAGGAGACAAAUCACAUCCUCAAAUGGCGCAGAUUUUACAAAAGCUGAAUAAGUUGAGCAUGGAAAUGAAGAAAUCAGGUUAUCUGCCUGAUACUGAUUUUGUGUUGCAAGAUGUGGAAGAACAGGAGAAGGAGCAUAUCUUAUGUGGCCACAGUGAGAAGUUAGCUGUAGUUUUUGGGAUAUUGAACACCAGUCCAGGGACUGCUCUAACAGUGAUGAAGAACCUCAGAAUUUGUGGGGACUGCCAUACUGCCAUUAAAUUCAUUUCCCGCAUCGAAAGGAGAGAAAUUUUAGUCAGAGACACAAACCGAUUUCAUCACUUCAAAGAUGGCGUCUGUUCAUGCGGGGACUUGUGGUGAUUCAGAUUCAGUGCUUAUACCAAAUUUUGUCAUAUUGGUGUUGCAGGAAAUUACCCUGGAGAUCUGGAGCUUGGAGUCGGCGAAACUCACUGCAGAAUCCUGAAAAUUGAAGCUUUUAUCUGUUAGGUUCAAGCUGAAGAGCAAAUUAUAAUCUGAAAAAAUGCUGGCUGUCAAUAAGAAUGUCAAAAGAUAUCUUAUCUAUUACUUCAGGUAUCUUCUGCCUCAGAGACUCAGAGAAGCUCCAAGAUUCCUGUUUUGAGUAUGCAAGUCAAGAAAUAUGAGGUCAUCAUUGUUAAAUGUAACAAGGAUGACACUGUUUAUUCUUGUAAUGGCCAUUGAAUCACUGUUGUCAGGUGGAAAGAAAUUAUUUUAGUGAAAUACUCUUUUGUAUUAGACAUGCCUGAAUAGUAUCAAGUAACAAAAUGCAUACUUCAGGCCGGUGGAUUGACUGCUGGACAUUUCAUACUGAUAGGAAGCUUCACAGCUGGAGGGUUUAAAUUUUUCUUUGUACAGUGGAAUUCAAUUCCUAAGUAGCAGCAGCAUGCCAUUUCAACAGGGCACACGGUAGAAAUCUGGCACCAGAAAAUAAUCCGAAAAGGAGGGUAUGCUGACAUGACUGAUGAUUAUAUAUAUGUUAGGUCUUACGGAAGAUCAAUUUUAAGAGCUUGCUUUGAAGCUAAUGGACCUUUUUGCCACAGAGUAUGCAUUUAUAUCUGCAAGCUGAUACACUUGGAGCGCAUGAUGGUAAACAGGAGUCAUGUGAUGCUGUUCGUGGAAAUAUGGUAUACUGAUGGGUAAUCGGGCCUCCUUGGUUGUUGGACUACGAAUAUUUUGCAGCAAUUACACAGAUGAGGCCUAUUACAUGCAAAUGCCAAUUGACUUUGGUUGGUCCACGCCACUUUGGAAAGUUGAGGCGUCUUUUAAUAAGUUAGCCCAAAGAAAACAGGGCAGAAAUGGGUGCGUCUGAUAUGAAAAGGGCAAAGUUACUUGUAUCGUAUAAUCUGGUUU